AUGGCCGACUUCAUCACGCAGAAGAGCUUGGCGGGCGACCGUGGGCACGUGGACACGGAGCGGGAGACUGCCAUCAGCACUGUCAAGGCGUUCGACGAGGUGAUCGACAGCAUGACCCGGCUGCACACUACAGUUCUCCCAAGAUUGAUGCCACUACCCGAGUUCUGGGAGCCGCUCGGCGCUCAGCAACAGCACGGCGUCCACGACCAACAGAAGCCCGAUGGGGACCGCUUGAAGCACGGAGGGCAGAAGCAAGACGGGGAUCAACAGAAGCGCGACAGCUCCGACGUGAACCAGCUCAGGCGGCCAGAGAUGUCGGCCAACGCCGGCGCAGACCUGGUCGACAUCAAGGAGGAGGUCGCCCACCGCCUGGAGGCGAACGGGGCGCUGGACCUCGGCUCCGGAAGCUGUAACGCAUCUACAAGUCGAGAGCGGCUGUUGGUGCAGAUUGGAUCCACCCUCGACAUGUCCAAUACUUGUCAGACCAGGCAUUGUUUUAAUGUUCUUGCUAUCGCCUGGGCCCCUGCCGGGGCUCUGCUGCUGCUCCAGCGCCUGGCCCUGCAGGACCAGAUCCGGGCGCGCAUGCGCUCCAGCGUGUUCCAGGCGCUGCUGGCGCCCGCGGGGCCCGAGGCGGACUCUCCGCGGAGGCGGCAGCAGAGGCCGCCGGCGGUGCUCGCGGCGGUCGUGGCGGACUUCCUGCAGCGGGCGGAGCUCGACAUGACGCGGCAGGUGUUCCUCCGCGAGGCCCGGCUGGCCCCUGCGGGCGGGGACGACCUCGUCCGGCGCAUCGAGAGCUGGAUCGGGGCGGCGGACGCCGACAGGCCGCUGCUGGAGCGGCUGGUCGCCGCGGCCAGGAGGCGGGCCUCCGCGGCGUAGGGCGGCGGCCGCGGCGGCCGCGGGAGGGUCC